AUGGAUUUAUAAGUAUUAAAACAAGUGAGAUAAUAUAAAUUUAGAAAAAUAUUAGGCACUGGAUCUUUUGCAACAGUAUAUUUAGGAGAAAACUUAAAAAAAGAAAUUUUUGCAAUAAAGGAAAUCAAACUUGAUAUUGCUGAAGGAUCUGAUGAAAUAUAAAAAUUGCAUACAUAUUUUCAAUAAGAAAUAGAUAUCUAUUUGAAAAACAAGCACGAUAAUUUAGUAUGUUUAAUAGAAGAAUUUACUGAAAAGUAAUUUCGCUAUUGUGUAUUCGAAUAUUGUGCUAAUGGAGAUUUAAAUAACUUUAUCAAAAAAAAUAUUCUUAAUGAAUAAGAAGUCAAGACAAUAUUUACUUAAAUUUUAGAAGGAAUGAAAUAUCUUCAUGAAAAAGGAAUUGUACAUAGAGAUUUGAAAUUAGACAAUAUUUUGAUAGAUAAAGAUAACAUAAUAAAAAUAGCUGAUUUUGGGUUUGCUAAAUAUUAUUAAUAAAAUGAUAUAUUUGUUUCAUAUUGUGGAACUCCAGCAACAAUGGCACCAGAAAUAUUAAAGUAUUUUAUUAUUAUCUAAAUUUAAAGUUAAGAACCUUAUGAUUUUAAAUGUGAUAUUUGGUCUUUAGGAGUGAUUCUAUAUUUUAUGAUUUUUAAGAAAUAUCAUUGGAAAGGAAAUGUUAGAAGCAUAGUUGAUUUACAAAGACAAUAUAAAAACUUUACUGUAAAAUAAUGUAUUUAUAUAAGGUUUAAUUUGAUAAUUAAGUUUAAUUAUCAAAUGAUGGAAAAGAUAUCAUUAGUAGUAUGUUAGUUCCUGAUAAAGAAAAAAGAAUUAAUUAUGCAGAAUUGUUCUCUCAUCCUUGGUUAGAAGGAAAACUUAAUUAAUCUUAAAAUUUAUUAGAAUCACAAUGUAUAAUAAAAUAAAAAUUAACAAUAAAAUCACCAGGAUAAAUAAUUGGAAAUAUAAUUAAAUAAUAAAGAAGGAUUAAAGGAGAAUUUUGUUCAAUACUUGAUUAAUGUAUAAAAGAUUGUAAAAAUGGAGAAUUGAAAGAAAAUUUUAUAAUAUUUAGAAAGUAAAUUAAUUAAGAAAAAUUUCAAGUAAAAUAAUAUUAAUUAAUUUAAGAUUACAAUUUAAAGUGGAGAUUUAGUAGAUAAACCAGAAUUUAAGGUUUUUGAUUAUAAAUAUGAAUUAUUUGAAUUUUUGAGCAAACUAUAUAAUUAAUAUGGAAUAGAUUAUAGAGAAACUGCACAAAAAGAAUAUGAAUUAAUUAAUUUUUUAAGGUAAAACCCAUUAUCCAACAGUAUUACCUUUACAUUUGAUGGAUUAAAAACAUAAGAUGAGAUUAAAAUAGUGAGGGAGUCAAUUAUUGAAGAGGAAAUAAAUAAUUUUGAAUAUGAAGAUUGGAAAAUGGAUACCUUGGAGAUAAAUAACAUUAAGGAAGGAUUAGUUGAGUGUAUGAGUAAUGAUAGAUUCAGAUUUUACAAGUUAGAUUAGUUGUAUUAAAGUAAUUAAAGUAAACUUAAUAAUAUAUUAAAUAAAAAUUGA